AUGCUGUCACCGUGUUCUGUCGAGCAGCUUGGCUUACGGUACCAGGAGCCGUUUUUGAUCACUGUUCCCGUUUCGAACCCUCACAAUUCUGAGGACGCUCAGAGCCAAAAAUGGAUUGCUGUCGGUUCCUUCUGCACCAACUGUGAUCAACUCAACUUUAUCUACCCGCCAUCCCUCUUCCCCCCCACCCCCCCAAAGUACCCGACUAUCGCUACAUUUUCCCUCUUUCAACAUACCAUCAUAUUUCCAGAGAUACUGUGUAUAAUUAUGAACCUCCAGGAGUAUGAUUAUGGCCAUCUCCCAGAGUAUCUCGUCCGUUCAAUCAAAGAAAACCCAGAGCAUGAAUCGGCUGUUUUCGAAUUCCUAGAAGCUAGUCAAAGGCUUGCCCGCGUCGCUGAAGAGAACGUCGAUGUGAAGUUCUAUUUCUUCCCAGGAAAUACGGAGAACUCCUCGAUCUUACAGCCUAGCGGUCUGGUGGAGGACAUUUUUUUGACAGAACCAGACAAAGUACAAGAUGCCUCACGUAUAACCCCGAACCGACUAAAUAUACAGAACGAGCCGCGAAACGAGGCGCCUCCGAGUGACGGUUUGAUCGACUGGUCUGAGUGGCUGGUUCCGGGUGAUUUCGAACACAACUGGACCGACAAGAUUCUACCAUCUACUGUGCAUGAGAACCCAAUAACAAGUCUACCAACGACUGCUGAAUCGUUAGAUUGCUCAACUAGGGAGAAUAAUAAGGUAGUGAUGUUGGCAAACAGACAACCAACUGCGGAAGAUGUGAGCGGUGAAGGCGAUAAUUUCAUCCUACAAGCAGAGCUAGACCAGCGAACCGAUUGUGAUGGAGACCCUCCUACCUUAUCACGUGGCUGUCCUGUAGCAGCUAAGGUGGAUCGUCCCUCGAAACACUUAUACGGGUCUAAAAAGGGGCAAUCUAUGAAAGUCAAAAAAGCAAAGCGUGGACGGUCUACAACACAGGUAAACCCUACGCACAAGCGAUUAUUGAAAUCUAAAAGUUCGGAUGUCAACAAGGCCACCCCUGAGACUACGAUAUCCCAUCAACGAGAUGAGUCUCAUUCGGUAAUGAGACAUUCAAAUUACGCUCAAAUGUGGUCUCUGUUUGGGCCUGGUAGCGAUUCAGCGUUACAAGAAACCCAUCUCAUGGAGAUAUUCAGUCUAGCAACGCUCAUUUCACGACCUAAUCUAGCAAGCUUUCUUGAGAUGCAAAGCCAGCUCUGGCAGACAGAUCGCUUUUGGAACCCUGACCCUCUCCGUCUUCCUGUAGCUGAAAAUCUGCCGACUGAUAAAUCAUGUUACAGAAUUUUUCGAUAUCUUCAGGAUCUCAAAGAAGAGACGCAGAUCAACGCGGUCAGACGUCGCUUUGCGCAGAUCCAAUUCCACCUGACCUUCGUACGUCUACAGAAGGAAAUGGAUCAGCGUGAUCGUAAUAAGAGUAAGAUUUCAAGUCACGUCAUUGACUAUUUUGAGGGUCUAGGAGACCACGAUGGUGAGCAUCCGGAUCGUUCAUCUAAAGACAAGGAUCGGCAGUCCUUCAUCAACAAUAAUUCUUGGGGAAGAAAAUGGCUUCUAGUCUCUCACUACGUUGGAUGGGGCUCACUGAUCGUGUGGAACAGCAUCGAUUCAAAGAUGCUUAAAUUGAAAAAACCCAAGCUGAAGGCUCUCAUCACGUACAUCGUGAAUGCCAAGCCUGAGAUAGUUGCUUUGUGUCGAGAAUAUGAAAAGCCUGCUAUAGAUCUCGUAGUUGGCAGGAAGCCUACUCUCGUUCUAACGCAAGAAGACGUUGCGAGAACCAUUGCUCAUAUAUCGAGAGAGAUCAAUGCGAAUGAAUCUACACACAAACCAUGGCAGCAAGUUGACAUGGAUAUUGAAACGGACAAAAUCGGCUUAGUCCACUGA